AUGCCUCAUUCGGUGCCUGUGCCCCCAACGGGCUUCCAAAGUAUUGUACUUUGUGGCCCUGGUGUCUCUCUCAACACAUUUACUUCCAACCCUGAGGAGUACCCAAAAUGUCUUCUUCCGAUCGCGAAUCGGCCGAUGAUCUACUAUGUUCUGGAUUUCUGCCGACGAAUGGGCAUCACUGAUGUCACACUGGUCACACCUCCUUCCUCUCUUGCGCCUCUCCAAGCAGCCCUUCGUCAAAACCCGCAUCUCACCUCCCUCCCCACACCAUCCGUCAUCGCGCCAAAGGAAUUGGAAAUGACAACCGGUACGGCCGAGCUCCUCCGCCUGCCCGAGGUCCAAAACUGCAUCAAGUCCGACUUCCUCCUCCUCCCCUGUGAUCUUGUCUGUGAUCUUCCCGGCGAGUCUCUGCUUGAGGCAUGGAUGGUCUCCGGGGGCGAGAAGGGCCGCCGGAACGGCCUGAGCAUGUACUACCAAACAAAGGAUCGGGAGGAGAGCGUCAAGGGCGAGGCUACCGACUUUGUGGCUGUUGCACCACUCGAACAAUCCGAGUCUCCGGUUGUGUCCCUCUCAGAGCUGCGCGCGCAGCUCUCCAAGGUCGUUCUGUCCAUGCCUAUGGACACUCUGAAGGAAAAGAUGGAGAAUGAUAAGGGUUUCCUCAUGCGUCAUUCGCUGGUGGACAAGCAUGCCCACGUGAAAAUGCUGACCAGCUUCCGCGAUGCACACAUCUAUAUUCUUCCGCAGUGGGUCAAGGACAUGGCCCGCUUGAACGAACAGUUCCAGUCUGUCAGCGAGGACUUGAUCGGGUGGUGGGCCAAGGCGGAGUGGCAACGAGGCCUUAGCGAAAAACUGAAGAUCAACGAGAUCUUUGAGCGCAAGAGCCGGAGUCACUCUGUGGACGAGAAUGCUAGCCACGACGGUGAAUCCGUCGACGGGGAGGGUGCACUCGAGGAGGAGAUCAAUCUUCCCGGCAUGAGCACUACCAAAGCCACCUCAGCACCCAAGUCUCAUAUCGAAGAAUCCACGGAGAGCCCUGUACUCCCCCCAUUGCUCGCCUACAUCCAGAGGGGUACAUCACCAUUUGUGCGACGAGUCGACUCCUCCGCCCUGCUGCUUUCGACUUCCCUCCGUCUGGCUAAGCUGGAGUCUAUCGAAGAAGUCGGCCGCACCGAAGCGUCUGCCUUCGCUCACGCUUCCAAGAUCGCUUACCCGCAGGGCGUGGCGCAACGGUGUACCGUGACAAAGAAUGACUGCCUCCUCGACAGCAACACCACCGUCGAGGAGAAGUGUGUGAUCAAGGAGAGCUGCAUCGGCGCCAAUGUCCACAUUGCGAGCGGUGCGCGGUUGACCCGCUGCCUGGUGAUGGAUGGCGCGGUCAUUGGCUCCCGGGCUCAGUUGACUGGUUGCAUCGUUGGCCGGCGGAGUAAGAUUGGCCGUGAAUCCGUGCUCAAGGAUUGCGAGGUCCAAGACGGGAACGUGGUUCCCGAUGAUACGGAUGCCAAGAACGAGAAGUUCAUGGUCUUCGAGGGUCUUGAUGAUGACAUGGAGGAAUCCGAUGAUAUGGACCUCUGA